UGGCAACACCGUUUGGGAGCGAUAUUCUGUUUGUAUACAGUCACCAUGUGUCACAUGUGCUUGGUGAAUAUACAGCCGUGAAUAAAGAAGACAAAAAUGAACAACUACAAAGCAUUCUAUGAUUUAAAUAUCGCCAUAAACGAACAAGAGGUGACAAGAUUACGUGACAUCUGCGAUACACUUGUGACUUAUGGCUACAAGACUGUAGCUCUCAAUUAUGAAAUCGAAGAUCUAGGCAGUGACACAAAGAAGAAGAAAAAGAAGAAAGGAGAAAUACGUGAAGUUACCGAUAUUGUACCAGAGCCGCUAGAAAUAAGUGCACUUGUUAAGGAAUUUGGUGACAAAUUGACCUUAGUACACAGGCUGACAUUUCCAUUUUCUGAUCAGCAACAAUUUCACAUGCUGAAUCAGUCGAAAAACCUGAAGAAGUAUAAGAUCCUAGCAGCUGUGCCAAAAACACAAUCAGCAUUUCAGAGUGCCUGCAGUAAUCUGGAUAUUGAUAUUAUAUCUCUAGAUUGUGAAAGCCGAACUUCUAUACGAAUUAACCGGAAAAUGUAUAACCUAGCAGUGGAAAGAGGAACUUUCUUUGAAAUAAUGUAUGCACCUGCUAUUCUUGAUUCAACAGCCAGAAGAAACACUAUAUAUGUGGCACAUAUGUACCACACAUUUGGGAAGUCUAAGAAUGUCAUAAUUUCAAGUGGCGCACGAGAAUCAAAAUAUAUUAGAGGGCCAUAUGAUAUAGUGAACUUAGGGCUAAUUUUUGGACUGAGUGAGGAACAGACAAAGAAAGCAGUUAGCUCUACAUGCAGAGCCUUACUUACACAUGCAGAUGGCCGACGUUGUGGCAAGAUCAUUGCGUGUAUACAAAGUGAUACAUCACCAGGAAGAAGUAAUGAAGUGUCAAUAACAAACAUCUGUGACCAGGAAGUGAACAUGGAUGAAGAAGAUUUGGGACCCACACAAAAGAAAAUGAAACAGUGAUAUACGUCUUUUUAAUUGUACUGUUGUAAACAACUUUGACUGUUAUCAGCAUAAAUUAUUGUUAUUAUUUGUGUGAUUUUUUAAUAAAAUUCUUCAUAUUUCCAUCCUAA